UCGGAGAUCUGGACAAACAACAAAAAUGAGUUACGAUGACGUCUUGAGUCAUUUGGGAGGUUUUGGCAAAUAUCAGCGCAUCAUUUAUUUUCUCAUCUGUCUCACGUCCAUCACAUGCGCGUUUCAUAAAUUAGCCGGUGUUUUUCUGCUCGCGAAACCAGAUUUUCGCUGUGUGCUGCCAUUUGAAGAUGCGGUCAACGCCACGUACGAUUUGCCGGCAACAGUUUGGAAUAUUUCGUAUCCGCCAAAUUUGCUUGGUAACAAAUUGCAGACAUGCGAGUACUACAAUGCAGAGUACACAACAGAUUACUUGAACGGUACCACGCCGAACAAGGCCAAUGGGACAACAACGUGUAAUGCUUAUGUGUACGACAAGUCGAAGUACUUGAAUAGCGCAGUGACUGAAUGGAACAUGGUUUGCAAUCGCAGUUUCUUGGCCGCCACAAGUGAUGCCAUGUUCAUGUUGGGUGUGUUGUUGGGCAGCAUUGUAUUUGGACAAUUAUCAGAUAAAUAUGGACGUAAGCCUAUAUUUUUUGCUUCGCUAGUUAUCCAAGUUAUAUUUGGUAUUUUGGCUGGUUUGGCACCCGAAUAUUUGACAUAUACAGUAUCCCGUCUAAUUGUUGGAGCUACGACUUCAGGCGUAUUUUUGGUUGCUUAUGUCAUAGCUAUGGAAAUGGUUGGUCCGUCAAAACGUAUAUUUGCUGGCAUUUUCGUCAUGAUGUUCUUUUCUGUGGGUUUCAUGCUAACUGCCGUUUUUGCAUACUUUGUUCACGACUGGCGUUGGUUUCAGAUAGCACUUACACUGCCGGGUCUGGUAUUCAUGUGCUAUUAUUGGGUUAUACCAGAGUCUGCCCGUUGGCUGUUAUCUAAAGGACGCAAAGAUGAAGCUAUAAAAAUUAUGGAGAAAGCAGCAAAAUUUAACAAAUUGACUGUACCGCGUGAAAUUUACGACAAUCUGUUAGAGGUGGAUAGUACAGAGAAACAACAAUUGGAAGCUGAAGUGAACAAAGAAAAAACACCAGAUGUAUUUGAUUUACUGAAGUAUCCAAAUUUAAGACGUAAAACUCUGUUAAUAUUUUUUGAUUGGUUCGUGAAUAGUGGCACCUACUAUGGACUCUCUUGGAACACCAGCAAUUUGGGUGAUAAUGAUUUACUGAAUUUUGCCAUAUCAGGCGCAGUUGAGAUACCUGCCUAUAUUUUCUUGCUACUAACUUUAAAUAGAUGGGGACGACGUACAAUACUUUGUGGAAGUAUGUUAGUGGCUGGGUUAGGGUUACUCUCAACGCUUAUAGUGCCCGUUAAUAUGAACUGGUUGAUAAUAGCUUUUGCGAUGUUAGGCAAACUAGCCAUAACUGCUUCCUAUGGCACAAUUUAUAUAUUUUCUGCUGAACAAUUUCCCACCGUGGUACGUAAUGUGGGUUUGGGCGCUUCUUCAAUGGUAGCCCGUAUUGGGGGCAUUCUGGCGCCCUUCUUCAAUAUGUUAGCUGAAAUUUAUAAGCCGCUGCCGUUAAUUAUAUUUGGUGCCAUGGCGUUUAUAGGCGGCUUACUGUCUCUGUACCUGCCUGAAACACACAACAAACCCACUUUGGAAACGAUUGCCGAGGGCGAAAAGUUUGGCAAAAACGCUAAAGCUUGUGACUACGUAGAGAAUGGCAAGGAGAUGCAAGUAAAAGGUGACAUACUGGAAACCAUUCCGCUAAAUGGACAUUCCAUGAACGAACAAAAAGAUUAAUAAGAAUUAUUAGACAUUAAUUUACUAAUUUUAACUUGUCAAUGUAUUAGUGUACUUAAUAUUUAUACUCUCUGUACUUUUUAUGUGUGUGUAAGUUAAUUUGCGCUUCAAAAAUGAUGAAUCACCCAAAUUCGUAGAAAUCCAAAAAUAUUCGAAUAUGCGUACUUAACCGGUAGUAACUUUUAGUAUUUCUAUGCCAAAAAAGU